AUGGGUUCAGUUUCUCAUCCACCAUAUUUUGAUGGAGACAACUAUGUUGCAUGGAAGGCAAAGAUGAAAUCAUUUCUCUGGGCGCUUGACGACAUAGUGUGGCUUGUGGUUGAAGAAAGCUGGGAACCUCCAACAGUUAGUGAAACAAAAGGCGAAGGACAAUCUUCUGUAACUAUUUCUAUGCUUAAGCCUAAAAGACAAUGGAGUGAAGAUGAACGCAACAUUAGCACAUUCAAUCAAAGAGCAUUGAAUGCGUUAUUCACUGCCGUUUCGCCUGAGCAAUUUAACUACAUUAGUAAAUGCACAACGGCGAAAGAAGCUUGGGAUAUUCUUGAAGUUACUCAUGAAGGUAACUCCACUGUCAAAGAAUCCAAGCUUCAAAAUCUCAUCACGCAAUUUGAAAAUAUCAAAAUGCAAGAUGAUGAGAGUUUUUCGGACUUCUAUGCUAAGCUUAGUGUAAUUGUAAAUGGUUGUCACAAUCUUGGUGACAGCAUUCCUGAACAUAGAGUUGUUAAGAAAAUUCUAAGAUCUCUCGCUUCAAGGUUUCAUGCGAAAAGGACAGCUAUAGAAGAAUCGAAAGAUUUAAGUACUUACAAGUUGGGACAAUUGAUUGGAUCAUUACAAACAUAUAAGUCUGACUUUACCGAAGUCAAGAAAAGAAAAAAUGUUACCUUCAAAGUCAAUAAUGAAAAAGUGAAUGAGGAUUCAUUUAAAAACCUGACUCAAGAUGAAUUUGCUCUUCUCACCAAACAAGCUAGGAAAUUUUUGAAACUCAGAAGUUCCAGGGGAUGUGAAAAUCGAAACAACUUUGAUUCAAACUCCAAAGUUCCUCGUUCUCGAGAUGUCUCUCAUGGAAAUUCUUCUAAGUUUGUCAAACUUGGUGAAAAGAAAAGUUCAAAUGACAGAGACAAGUGUUUUGAAUGUCAAGGGUAUGGACAUCAUGCUCAUGAAUGUGCCAAUACUCUUAAAAAGUUGAAGGAUGAAAAGAACAAGGCGUUAACCUCCACUUGGAGUGACAGUGAUUCAAAGAAGGACCCGGCAUCUGAAGAUGAUGAUGAAGUGGUUGCGUUUAUUGGAAUCUUGGAUGGAUAUGAGACUGAUGACUCGGUAGUUGAAGAACCUGAUUCCGUAGAAGUCCUACAAAAGUAUACUGCACUUUAUGAUAUCACCAUGAAAGUGAAGAAAGAAAAUGACGAACUGAAAAAUAAACUUGUGCAGCUUGAAAGUGCGAAGAAGGAAGUAGAAAUUGAGCAUCAAUCUCAAAUGGAACAUGCAGAGAAGCUACGAGAGUUAAUGUUGGAAAAACUACAUAUGCUAGCAUCAGACAACGAAAUCCUUGAAAAUGAAUUAAGAGGCAUGAAAAAGAAGGUUGAAGAGUUUAGUAUUGGAUCACGAAAAAUUGACAAAAUGUUAAGCUAUGAAAAAAAUUCAGGUGAUAGAAGUGGUUUAGGUUUUGAUUUUAAUGUGACUGGAAGUUCUUCCUCUUCUGUUACUAAAUUUGUCAAAGCUUUACAAGAACCAAGCAGGAAAGAAAGUAGUGAUGAACCCUUUGGAAAUUCGUGUACCACUACAAACAAGCCAAAUUCUGUGAGCACUUUUGUUGAUCCAAGAAAUUUCAUUAGGUCAAAAACCUUCAUUCCUACUUGCCACUUCUGUGGAAAAAUAGGACAUAUCAGACCUAGAUGUAACAAACUUCGAAAGGAAGAUCGAACUAAGCACACCACCCAUUGGAUGUCUAGAAAAUCAAAUCUCAAAAUGAGAUUUGUUGCUCAUCCGAAGCGAAUGAAUAGAAUUUCAAAAAUAAUGCUCAAUUCCAUCACUCCAAACUUAAAACAAGUAUGGAGAAGAAAGGAGACUCAAGUUUGCUUAUUGGAUAAGAUGUCACCAUCAUCUGAUCAAGACAAUCUUACCUGUUUGGUGGCUUUUACUGCCCUCUCAACUUGUCAGUCUGAUACUUGGUAUCUCGACAGUGGCUGCUCGAGGCAUAUGACUGGAGACAAAAGAUGGUUCACAACCUUCACCGAGGAUUGUAAAAAUGGAGCAGUCACUUUCGGAGAUGGAAAAAGAGCAAGGAUUGUUGGAAAAUGA